AUGAUGCUCCCAGUAAAACCACCGCAAUCAUUUCAACUUCCCGGACGUUGUAUAGAGGGUAUCGAUGAGGAUAUCAUUCAAACAAUUGAGGCACCUAAUUCAAACCACUUCCUUUUUAUUACAAAGACAAGACUUUUUGUUUACCAAGCCAAACCCUUUGCUCCAUUAGCAUGUCACGAACGUACUGCUGAGUCUAUUGAACUGUUUGGUGUCAAUUUUGGUAUUAGAGAUAAUUUACCUCUUGGCACUGAGGUAAAGGGUUUCCUUACAGGCCAAUUUUGCGAUCCAGUAAUAGAUGAUAAGCGGUUCUACUAUGUUAUAACCAAGAACAACUUUCUGUUGGUUUACGAAUUAUACACCAAAACAUCUGAAAAUAGCGUGUUCAAAGAAUAUGGCAUACCGUUAAACUUGCCGUCAGAUGAUUCUUUACUUCAUAGAGCUCUUGAUGAUGAUAUGGAUGAUGAGGUAUUGACAGUUUUUUCUGCUAAGGAAAAUCAUAAGGUUAUACAGAACGGUUAUACAAUCUCCAAACAAAAAGGCUUCUUGCAGUUUAUGAAAAAUGAUGAUAUAGCUGAAGAGUUACCGAUUCGCAGGACGGAAUUGAAAUUAAACGUGGUGCUAAAAUUUGACCAUCAAAUUUUCGAUGUUAUUGGUAUAAUUACGCAUGAUAUAGAGCGUACUGAGCAUGCUAAUCAAUACCUCUUGGUACUUUUUGAACAUGGGCUGCAAGUAUUGAAGCUUGAGGACUUCAAGCUAAUUGACAAUAAGCUAAUACAUGUAAUUAACGGUAAAAAGCUAAUUUACUGUGCUGGUGAAAUUUUAGUGUUAUCUUACGAUGAGCAGCAACUAUCUCUAGAGCAUAUCCUUUUCGAUCAGGAAAAUGUGAAAUCUCAAAAUAUAGCAUUGAAGGGCCCAUCCGGUGUUUUUAAAGAUUUAGUAAUGUUUGACCAUUUGCUUGUAGUUGCGUUUGAGAAAUGUACCAUUUACUACGACGUCUUUGAUAAGAUUUUAGUCAGUGAAUAUCCGGCCAUAACACACGUUUCUUGCAUUUCAGCCAUUUCUCCCGAUACUAUGGUAUUGUUGACCGAAAACAACUCAGUUAUCUUUAUGAGUAAGUGGGGAAAUAUAUUAUUAUCAAUCCCAAUCGAUGAGAGCCAAUUCAAAAUCCUGCAUUGCUCGCUUAUAGAUACCAAGCUAUUAAUAAGUGGAUCGAAUGGUACUCUACAGCUUUGGGAUCUUUGGAAAAAGUUAGACAGUUCUCUCUCCAAUUUCAGAACAAGUCAAGUCUUCACUUUACUCAAUGAUAACAAUGAUAUACUACUUUACUCUCCUAUGAGUGAUUCCACAAAUACGAGCACUUUUCAAACAAUUAAGUUACCGACUAAAACAGUUAACAACAACAUUAGUACCUGUAAGACAAAUGGGAUUUUGACGUUAAUGGCAGUGUAUGUAGGUAACAAAGAUAUUUUGCUCAUCAAUUUCUUGAACUCCAACACAUGGAUAAGUUUUGACCAAAUGAAUAUCAAGAAUAUCGAUUGGCUUGGGGACGACUAUUUGCUAUGCCAUGUCACAGAUGAGGAUUCUGAUAAAGAAAUGGUAAAGUGCUACCAUUUCCCAUUACUGAAUGAUGGAUCGACGAAUCUUGAAGAUUUCAAGACUUGGGAAUGGGAGGUACCUCAAGGCUACCAGUUGGAUAAUUUCUAUGCGAACACUUUGUCGACAUACAAGAUGUUAAAAUUCACUGAUGAAAGGGAGGACAGAGAUGAUGCCAGCAAAAAGGUGUUUGUUACAUCGGAGAUACUGAUGGUUCUUUCGAAUUCGCAUAUGAUCAUAUUCGAUGCACUAAGUUCGGUACAUCCAACUGGAGUUAACAUGGUUCAGAAAUUUCAUCAGUAUGCAGAGUAUAAUUUCCCAGAAAAUUCCUUACGCGGUUUAAAAUGGAUAUACAGAUAUAAAGAAGGGUUUAUUGCAUGGAUUCGAGAUCAAUUGGUAAUUAUUGGCCAACAAGAGGAUAAGCAAUGGCGAUUCCAAGUAGCAUACGAUCGGGUGGAACAGAUCUUGGAGAUAUAUGAGGACAAUCUUGUACUACUUAGUGGCAACGAAGUAUUAUUAUACGAUUUUGCUCACAUAUGGACCGUCGAUGAUCCCCUAAUCACUACACCGGUCAUCGAAGAAGAGUAUCCGAUUUCAAUUUCAUUAGAUACAGCAACGCUGCAUAAUAUUUCAUGCAUUACAACACAAAAGUUAACGAAACUCUCAAUAUCACACGGUGUGUACUUAGAUAAGAUUGUGGACCGGAACUUGACACUAGGCGUGGAAGGCGAUAAAAUUGAUGAGAAGUAUCAUGAUUUGAAGCACUACAAAUUUUGUUUGGAAAAAAUUCUAUCCAGUAAAGUAUUGGAACAUGAGGACUUGAACUCCAUAUUAUCAUUAAUCGAUACCUAUGAUAAAAAUUCAGGCGGGAUUAAGAAUGAAGUUGGUAAACUUGAAAUCGUAGGGAAUUGUUUAAGAAAGAUCGAAACAAAACAUUGGGACUACUUAUUUGAGAAUCUAAAACUAACUCCAAGAGAUCUUAUCACCAAGUGCAUUGCUCUAUCUGAAGCGAAGAUCUUGGGUACGCUUUUGAUGGUAUUCUUAAACUAUGACGAGGGCGAUAGUGAAUCUAAACAGGAAGAGGUCACGACAAAGUCCACAAAACGAAAGAACAAGAACAACAAGAACAAGAACAACAAAAACAAGAACAAGAACAAGAACAAGGAAAAGAGCCAUACAAACGGACUCAAGGAAUCUGAUAGUAGAGAGACUUCUCCAGAUACUAGUGUAUCCACCAUCCUAAAAGACGAAACAGUCAUAGGUCAAGUCCUCAAGAUAUUCGUAUCCACUGCCACUCUUUCAACUACAAAAGAGCAAGCACAAGAGUAUUGGGAUUUCGCUCUACAACUAAUUCGAUUCUUAAGAGCACUAGACAGUAAGGGAAAUACUACACUAGCACAGACUUGUCUGGACAUGAUCUAA